AUGGAGGACACUGGUACAGAAGGCCAGAACCCUAAUUCUGAUGCCCCUGGGUUGCCAACAAAGGAUAAAGGAAAUGUCGAAAUUGCCGGAAAAGACGCCCUCGUGGAGCGAGAAAGUGGCGAGGAAAGUGGCGAGGAAAGUGGCGAGGAAAGUGACGAGGAAAGUGACAAGGAGAGUGACAAGGAAGGUGACAAGGCAAUUGCUCGAAAGACAGCAAAACAUGCGCCAACAACCCCAUUGACCUCGGCACUAAAGAAUGUGAACAAAAACAUUACAAGCCUUCGCCGGCAUCUUCGACUAACUUCAGAUGAUGAAUGGAUAGAAUGGUUGAGAAGCCCAAAUUUUCUUCCCUACUGGGAAGAAUUAUGGUCAUCUUGGCUAUCCAAACGUUCCAAAAAGAACCAACGUGGACCUGGCAUUGAGCAAGUGCUCUCCGUCAUGCGAUCAGAAGCUGAAGAAUUUGACGAAAAACAUGUUGACAAAGAUGAUUGGACUGAUGUUCAACACUAUGCAAAUUUCAUGCAUCAGAUCUUACGUCGAAACAUUAACCACACUGAUGGUCUCUUUAAGCAUCGUUCUAUGGGUCCUAACGAAGCCGAGGUGUACCUUUGGGGUGCUAUGAAAUGCAUCCAGCAUAAAUUCUCGCCGUCUCAAAUAGACAGGCCAUCAGGGGGCAGGGCGUUAUUGUAUAGUGAAACACGAAAGAGAAAAGCUCAGCCCACGGAUUCUACGCCCCGCAAGUCGAAGAGGCAAUCGAAAAAGGAUUCCGCUCAGAACCCUUUUCCAGACACACCUGCCCAACAUGAUGAUGUCAAUGCUAGCCCCAGCACUCGCCAUAUCACCAAAACCGACACUCAUCUGGAUAACGACGAUGCUGCUGAUCAAAACGGCAUUGACGAGUUUUUACAAGACGUCACGGCGACUACAGAUCUGAUUAAUACCACCUUGACCGAUUCUUGGAAGAAGAUGAUACGUUCUUACUCGAGGGAGAAGUAUCCUACGAAAAAAAGUGAACAAUUCGACCUUAGCGACCCGUACUGGCGCUUGAUGUUCGCCCGAACAUCUCUACUUCGCGCUGAACAGGACUGCACAAAUGAAACCCAAAUUCCGCCACCUCCUGCAGAAGAUGCUGGCGGUGCAGAAUCAUCUCUAAGUGUUUCUGCUGAGGAAGAAUCUGGCGGACUGGACCCCAGUGAGGCUGUAUGGCGGGGCACAGUGACAGACGCUGAGAUCUUUGAACUAGAAGCAUUGGAUGCAGAGAAUAAUAGUGGCGAAUAUGUUGCUGCUAGUAAUUCUCUGGAGUACUUGGAGUUUGAAGAGAUAGCUGCAGAGCAGGGCUAUGGCGAAGAGGAAGAUAUAUCUCCUCCCCAUCUUCUGAAUGUUUCUGAAGAAACACUUGCAAACUACCAGAAAGAGCUUAUAUGGCUCGACAAUCCUGCUUUCCAGCCUUCUAAUUUUGAUGCCGCCCAUAAAUCUCUAUACUUCACACCUGCGGAGCAUGAUGAUGAUCGUCUCAUUCGGACUCGUCAUCACUAUAUGCGUUCAAAUACUGAUCUGGAGGUUUGGCAGGUGUUAGGUGUGGCUCSUGCUGUGGAGAUAAUGGAGCAAACUCGUCCUGAUGGAUCCCCCAUGUUUCGAGGAGCGUUCCUCAGUGAUGUAAUGGGUCUUGGAAAGACCUUUCAAGCGACCGUUUUCAUGUUGGAGAUUUAUCGUCGAGCCAAACUUCAACAAACCGCUUGGGAGAGCGUCAACACAGGUAACGCCAUCGACUGUGCACCUGAACCCAAAUAUCGACCCUUCCUUCUGAUUGUGCCAUCUGCCAUUCUCGCCCAAUGGGUCGCUGAGAUAUACAAGAUCACCAAACAUCUGAAGGUCUUUGUCUUAUAUGGAAAUCACAAAUCCAUCAAAGCCGGGACUUUCAAAAAUGCUCAGGUUCUCAAGGAUGCAUUAAACCCUUUUCACUGGAUCUUCGACGGGUCAUUCGCUCGAGCGAAUCAUGUUAUUGUCACCAGCUAUGACACUUUCCGCAGUCGUCAUGGUCCUCCGGCCCAGAGAAAAUGGCACAACAAAGAGGCCCAGCGUCGUAGAAAAGAAGGUGAUGCAUAUGUUGAACGGCCCUGGCCUGGCAAUCUCGAGGGACUUAUUCGACACGUAAUCCUUGAUGAAGCACACACUCUACGCAAUGCUGAUAGCGGAUUGUCUACAGCUGUGCAGUGGGUUAAAGCUGAUUUCCACUUUCUUUUGUCUGCUACCAUUUUCUAUAAUGGCAUUUUGGAUUUUCGCGGAUAUUUGUCUCUCAUUAUUCCAGAGAAUGCCGAUGCAAUUUGGAAUGAUGAGCUAGGUCUAGCAAGCCUCAAUGUCACCAAAUCCACCAACCCUUUCUUAUUAUCUGAGGAUCAUCCGGCCAGUUUCCUGAGAUUCACAACCCACGCUCUCAACAAAUACAUUUUUACGGACAACGUCACGGUCCAAGUCGCAAGCGUCUAUCUGAAAGGUAUUCUGAAACACAUGAAUAUCAGACGUACCCUUUCCUCAUCCGUCCAAGUUGGGUCCAAUCAUUUGAUUAUCGGCUCGCGUAUCCCUCCCUCUCAGACGCGGAUUAUUCAUGUUGCAUUCUCGCGAAAUGAGAAGGCAAUGUAUGAUCAGGCUGUUAUUCCUCACUACAAGAAUUUGAUAAUGAAAAAGGAUGGGAAAGUUGUGGUGAACAUGGCCAAAUAUCGAAUGCUAACCCUUCUGACUUCAUGGCUUGGAAUGGAGUUUGUUGAGAGUGUGCUCACUGUUAAAACAUUCAAGGAAGUCUUAUCGGCAUUUCGUCUAAAGACAGUGUGCCAGAGCCUUGCCCGGACAGUCUACUCCAGGAGACCUCCAUCAUCGCCCCAAAAAUGGUUCCGCAAUCUUAAACGCCGAGGGAAAAUCACUCAACCAUCUGUCAAUGCUCUCAGAACCCUUUUGCGAGGCUCCCCGAAGAUGAGGGCUAUGCUGCCUAUUGUCAUGCAUAAUGCCCUUAUUCGCAAUGAGAAGCAGAUUAUUUGGUGUUCAUUUCCAGCUACACAGGUGUACGUUGCAGCGGUAUUAAAGGAAUGCGGUAUUGACGCGAGAUUGUUUCAUUCUAAGCUCAAUCAGCUACAGCGCCAAAGUUUGAUUGAGGACUUUACUACUACAGACAAAUGCUCUGUUCUAGUUAUGUCCUUAGCUGUCAAUGCCUUGGGUUUGAACCUCCAUCCUCGAUGCAGCAUAAUGCACUUCUUCGAUCUGCCUCCCACUAAAUCGGUUAUGGAUCAGGCUAUUGGGCGCUUACGGCGAUUUGGUCAACAACUCGUUGUUGUCGCCUAUGUCUACUCGGUAAACAAUAGUUGGAAUGUUAUUCAGCAGACUAAAGCGGAUGAGAAGGCUGUUACAAGUAUGCUCUGUGACUUGAAUCCAGCGAUGUUCAAACUCGCUGUUGAGAACACUGAUGAAAUUUCCAUCAGUAAUCUCGUUGUUCGAGAUGGGUUUCUUCACCAACUUGAACCUGGGGAAGUUCCACUGGCUUCUGAUAAUAUCAAUGAUGAGGAUAUUAUCACUGCUAUCCAAAAGUCAUUCGUCGAGGAGGUGGGCUUGUUAGAAACUGCCGAAACUUGA